AUUAAACCCUACUCUCUUUCUCCUUUUCCCAUUCUUUUUAUCAUUCUUUCUUUCUCUCUUCGGGAUCUGAUAUCUACUUCCGGUAACCUAUUCCAGAGAAGCACUGUCAAAUCUUGUCCCCUCUUCUUUCAGGGACCCCCUUCUCUCCCUAGUCUUGUGUUGAAGUGUUCAAACUUCUGAUGAGAAGCAUACAGUAGCCAAAACACACAAAAUUUCGUUUCAGCUGAAUAAUCUUCUAUCUAGAGUUUCUUCAGGUUAUUAAUUAAUUACGAAGUCGAAAGUAUGAAUUCAUUUUCACACGUUCCUCCGGGUUUUAGAUUUCACCCAACAGACGAAGAACUUGUAGACUACUACCUGAGGAAAAAAGUUGCAUCCAAGAGAAUAGAAAUCGAUUUCAUAAAGGACAUUGAUCUUUACAAGAUUGAGCCAUGGGAUCUUCAAGAGUUGUGCAAAAUUGGACAUGAGGAGCAAAGUGACUGGUACUUCUUUAGCCAUAAAGACAAAAAGUAUCCCACAGGGACUCGAACCAACAGAGCAACUAAAGCAGGGUUUUGGAAAGCCACUGGAAGAGAUAAGGCUAUAUACUUGAGGCAUAGUCUUAUUGGUAUGAGGAAAACACUUGUAUUUUACAAAGGAAGAGCCCCAAAUGGACAAAAAUCUGAUUGGAUCAUGCAUGAAUACCGCUUAGAAACCGAUGAAAAUGGAACUCCUCAGGAAGAAGGCUGGGUUGUGUGUAGGGUUUUCAAGAAGAGAUUGGCUGCAGUGAGACGAAUGGGAGAUUACGACUCAUCGCCUUCACAUUGGUAUGACGACCAGCUCUCUUUUAUGGCAUCUGAGCUCGAGACAAACGGUCCAGGGCGGAUUCUCUCCAAUCAUCAUCAUCAGCACCAGCAUCAGUACCAACAGCAUUUACCAUAUGGAUUCAAUGCAUCUGCUUACGCUCUCAACAACCCUAACUUGCCAAGCAAGCAAGAGCUACAAUACAACCACCUGGUACAACAACAUCAUUUUCUUCAUGAAUCUCCUUUAUCAUUCCUCCAACUUCCUCAGCUUGAAAGCCCUAAGAUCCAACAAGAUAAUAGUAAUUGCAUCUCAAGCAACCACGAUAAUAACUCGAGCCGUAUUGCCAACUUGCAGCAGUCUAAUCUCGCGCAUGAGGAAGAACUGAAUCAAGGGAAUCAGAUUUUCAGCUCUCCAUACAUGAAUAGCGGGAACGAGCAAGCGAUGGACCAGGUCACCGACUGGAGAGUUCUUGAUAAAUUCGUCGCUUCUCAGCUAAGCAACGAAGAGGCCGCCACAGCUUCUGCUUCUCAACAGAACAAUGCCAAUGACACAAGCAACAUGGAGUACCAAGUUGAUGAAGAAAAAGAUCAGGAAAGAGUUUCCGACAUGGGAGAAGAAUAUGCUGCUUCUACUUCUUCGAGUUGUCAGAUUGACCUAUGGAAGUGAGCAGAAAUAAUAUAUCAUAUAAAUGCAUAUAUCCACAUAUAUAUACGUACACACGAACACUAAUUAAGUGUAGAUGUUGAUUACGGUACAUAAUUAUAUUUGCUUUGAUUGAUUCUAUUAAUUACUACAUUAUUGAACUUAUGUUAUAUGCAUAUAUACUUGUACUUGAUAAGAUUAACC